AUGAGUUUUGCAAUUAAAGGCAACCUGUUGGGUAAGACUCUCUGGCGAGCAGCUGGCAUGGCUUUCUGUGGGGGCAUAAGGAUGCCUUUACUACCCAGCAGUGGUCUACCAAGUCACAGAUUCCUGCACGUUGGUGAACGCGCCUCGCUGACAAAGGCCUUCACUGCUCAAGACGUGAGGCUUUUUGCAGAGCUGACUGGUGACACCAACCCACUUCAUCUGGACCCCGAGUUCGCAAAGAGCACAUCCUUCGAGACCCCCAUUGUUCAUGGUGUGCUGAUAAACGGACUCAUCUCAGCAGUUCUGGGGACUAAAAUGCCCGGCACAGGCUGCGUGUUUCUCUACCAGGAAAUUCGUUUUCCGGCGCCGCUAUACAUCGGAGAGGAGGUGGUGGCUGAGGCUGAGGUGAAAAAGAUCAAAAUGUCCUUCGCUUUCAUUGCCGUUUCCUGUUCAGCAAAAGACAAAGUGGUUAUGGAGGGGGAGGUGAUGGUCAUGAUGCCAGAGCGUUCCCAAGAACUGUAGAAAGGACAUUUGAAACUGGAGUUGAAUUUACCAGUUAAUUUGAUGUAUGAAUUUGAUGUUAAAUAAUAAUAAAAAAAGAUUUUGUCUUUUGCCUAAAAUAAUUUUUUUUUUUAAAUUAUUCCCCUCCCGAUAUUAACAUUCUCAGCAUUUCAUACAAAGCCCAGAUGACAGUUUCACUGUUGUCUUUGAAGAGUAAAUGAAAAAUGAACAAAUGUCUUUCUAAUAUGAUGGUAUGGGUAUGGAUGGGAGGGUAUAAAAAGUCAUUCACAAUGGUUGAUGUCCAAAAAUUAUUACACCCAAUAGUUAUACAUUUGCUACCUCAUGGCUAUGCCUGAGACACUAAUUUAACAUAUAUUUUCUGAUGGUUAUGGUCUGAAAUGUAUUGUUUAAACCUAUUAUGAAUAAGAAAGAUACAUGAGGAUUGCUGUUGUGCAGCAAAUAAAGUCCCCAAAGAAACGCAUUUUUCCCAUGUUGCUACUAUUGUACCAUGACUAAUAUUCCAUAUAAAACUGUUGGGUUUAGACAGUGAAGAAAAGGGUGUAGUUGUCAUAAGAGCAACCCCUUUCAUUUAUUACCAUUGUUAAGAAAUAUUGUCAUAGUCUGCAAAUUUCUCCUUAGUUAGCCUUCAAACCUCAGCCACUGACUUCUGCUGAAAUUGCACAAAUUUCUUCACUCUGGAAACUAGCGAAUUCACACCUCCCUGAAACAAAACUGAAAGAGAGAAAGACUAAAUUACUCAUCACACCACAUCCUAUUGCCAUCAUCAGUUCCUGCAGUUCCUGUGCGUUUUAUUCACAUGUGGUUUGGCUUGCAGUGUGUACCUCUCAGUGACCACCUACCGCUUACCAUUACUGAACCUGACAGUAAUAUGGUAGAGUUCGUGUUGUUGAUUUUGUUGCUUGAUUUAUACAUUCAUAAAUUGAAGUAAUAAACAUAUGCUUUUAAAAAGA